CACGAUUAUUGCAGGCUCGAAAUUCCGGGGUGGUGGACGGGCAACCUCAUCCCUAUGACUCCCAAGGGUUUUUCUCGUGAACGGGGGGUGGGUAGCCUGCGAGCAAGGGUCCUUGCAGGCGGCGAAAGUUUUCUCGUAAAAGUUGAGAUCGACAAAAUAUGUUUCCGUGGCGUUUUUUGUGAGGGCCUGCUUAAUUAAUACGAACACAAUCCUGACCAAUUCUGCACAAAACCGACACUACGGCUCAGAUGUCCCCCCUUCUAAACCGCAAGAAAAUCUGGAAAACGUCUACUAAGAACUCUGGGAAAGCGAUCCUUUGGGGAGGCAACUUCCUCAAUAUCAAUUGUGAAGUAGAUACAACGUCCUCAUGGCGAUGUGUGAAACAGAUGAAAGUAGACCUUGAAAUUGAAAGAAGAAAGAGGUGUUGAACAAUUGCUAUCAUUAUUGUUUUAUACCUUUGCUUGGUGUAUUCUGCGAUUCAUCCUACUUUUCUGUGCAGCCACGAUUCAUCGAUCAAAUUAUUAAACAGGUAUCGGUAGGCAUAACAUUGUACAAAUGUGUUUUAAAAUAAUGUCAAUUUCGCCAUGAUACACUGUGUUUUCCCCCCACCAACUUAUUUAUUUUCGUUAUUGUUCUUAAAUGCAGUCUUGGGACGAAAAGUUUACAUGAGGGUGCCAGGGGGGUAUAGUUGUAGUCAGUAAACAGCUAAGAAUAUGCUACUUAGUUAGUAAACAGCUAAAAAAACACUAGUCAGUCUGUAAUCAGCAAAAAAAACGUUAAGUUAGUUAGCUGGCAUGGUUGUGAGUCCUGCAGACGUUAAAAUCGUUUAUAGGGUGGUGUUUCCAAAUCAAUCACACCCCUUAGACUCCCAAGCACUCUCCCACUUUUCCAGUACUGGUCUGCAAUGUCAUCAUAUCAGUCUGAAGAAAAUUAUUUCUUACAAAUCCAGCCUUACUAACGUCCGAUUUGUCUUCCAUUGUUGAGCCUGGAAGACAGCACACUCCUCUUCAUCUUCUUUCAGUAAAUAAAAUUCUUAAACAUUUAAAAGCACUUGAUGACAUCUGAAUUUCUGUACACAGAUAUUGUGCUGCUUAUCAUAACUAUAAUAAAACUCUCUACUCUAAUUUGCUAUUGGCAGCCCUGAUUUAUAAUGGUAAUAGGACUGAGUGGAGUCCAAUUCAGUCUGUGAUCACAGGGCUCAAAGUUUAAAUUUGAGUUUGGGAGCACUUGUGCUACCAGAUGUAAAUUUUUAGGCGCACUGCCGAAAUUUUAGGCAGACAGCUUAUAAUGUUGGGAGCAUCUAUUUCAAAAGGAAAAGUAAAAAGCUUAACAGUGCCACGUUUAUUUGUCAUCUUCAGUUUCUUACUUUCACUUCAGUUCUAUGAUUGAUAAAACACAGCCGAUUUGCUACGCAGCAAUUAAUACCGUUGUGAUUUUUAAUACUAAUUUCUCUUUUUGACAGUACAGUUGUGACUAAAGAAAACUUACACUUGAAAAGCAAUUCAAAACUGACAACAAUGAGUGUGUCGAACGAGAAUGAAAAUUAAUCUUCAAUGAAUUUGUUAAAUGUGCAAUGACUUACAUGUAACUGGAAUACAACUUAAAAAACUUUCUUACCUGGAAAAAAGGCUCUUAAUCCGCACUGUUUUUGUUUUGAUUGACGUUAAAACUGAACGUUUGACAUGAUCGUCCAUUGCGCAAAAAGUACGUGUUUCGUUGGUAGCAUAUAUUUGCAUGUGUCAGCGGUGUUUAUUACAAAACAGAAGAGUCUGGAAUGGAGUAAAACAUCGAAACGAAAAAGAACAUUCAAGUUUGUAGAAUCCAUUGAGAGAAAAAACCAAUUAAACAUAAACCGUCUUUCUAGUUCGAGUUCGUAAGUAUAGUCGGAAGUUAGUCAGUUGCACUGUGCUUUGGGUUUUAAGGCGCACAGGUGCGAUUACACAUGAAUUUUUAGGUGUACAACCAAAAAUCCAGUCGCAUAUGUGACCAGUUAGUUGCUAACUUUGAGCCCUGGAUCAUGCGAGUGAUUAACAAAAUUGGUGCAAUUUCUUUUAUUCAUGAGUCAUAACGGAUACAGUUUCCGUGGAAAUAAAUGCAUUCUUUUUUGGUGAAAGAGCAUUUGAAUACCAAAUGUCCAAAUGUCCAAAUGUCCAAAAUUAGGGAAAAUUGGCGGAGACACUGUCUAAUAUUACAAAUUUGUCCAUUUUGGAAAAUCCCAGGUUUGGUAGGGUAAAUGGUUGUUGCCAUGGUUAUUGAGAUAACUUCUGGGAUUGGUGGAUUUAGUUGAGUGCACUUAAUAUGAUUGGCUAAUGUGACUGUCCGAUUACAGCAGGGCUCGAAGUUGCGACCUGUGGGUCACCAAUGUGACCAGCCUUUACUCAGUGGUGACUAAAUUUUCACGCCUGGUCGCCAACCUGUCCUUCAAGAUAGGUGACUUUCUUCUUUGGGAAAACGUACAAUGAUGAUAAUUUGUUAUCCUUUACAAAACUAACAGAUAGUUAACGGUUUUGCUAAUGUUCUAAUGUUUUGCCCAAAUGCUCUGUUUGUCUAAACGUUUUACAAUUUGUCUAAACGCUUUAACGAUUUCUUCCAACACUCUAAUGGCUUGUUCUUAUGAUCUAACAGUUGGUCCGUCUAACAUUUGACUUUUACUUGAAAGAGGAUUGUGAAAAUCACAAGUGAUGAAUUCGACAAAAGUCUUAUCGAAUUUCAGGUAGAUUGAUCGCAAUUCUCAGCAGGUCGUCCGGUGUUUCUCUGGGAAUGAUUUUUAGCCCAUCGAUUUAAAACAAUUUCUUAAUGUCAAACAUGUAUCUCGAUUGCGGACUCGAUAGCAGAUUAGUCUGACAAUAGCCUAAGCUAAUCGAGAACGAACGGCUCUUAUUUCUCAAGCUUCUUGUAAACAACUUUAUUGAAUUUCUGUUGAGUGUGACGACCCAGAUAAAAGCUCUGCAGUAUUUUAUUGGCUUCUAAUGAAGUACCGUUGAACUCAUGCUGUUUGUCUAACAGACUUCUUGCAAAAUCAACUUCUUUGCCUGAUGCAUUAGCGACAUUUCCUCUUUCUGGAGACUUUUGAUCAUGUGCCAGGCAACCGCGAAGUAGAUCAAGUUUCACCGAUGUUCAUUUCUGAACAUGCAAAUACAUAGGAUGCAAAACAAACUUUGCAGGUUUUGUUCUUUAAUAACCCAAAUAAGCUUUUUUGUGAUUCCUAAAGUUUGUUUAUCUAAAUGUUUAUUCUAUUGCUUGAAUACCUGUUUGAGUAGAUUUAUGCUUGAGUGCGGGUUCAUUUUCCCAAACUCCAGCUGGUAAUCGAGCCUCGAGCAAAAACCGUUCGAAAGAAAGUUCAAAGGAAGUCUAAAGAAUUCUUUAUCUGUCAAGGCUAAGUAAAAGUUGUUAAGUUUAUUGUAUUCCAUUAGUUCUUAAAUAUAAUUUUUGGCGACUAGAAUAUUUGUUCUGGCAACCAAAAAUGAAAACUUGGAGGCCAGCUGGCCCCAAGAUUUUUUUCUGAAAGUCGAGCACUGUACAGGUGUCCAAUUACAGCCUACUGCCCGAUUGCAACCCUACACAAUGAUUAGUGAAAGAGAAAGCAGUUAAUGCACCAAUCAAAUUGGAGAAAAUUGUAAUAGUUAUGACAGCAUUAAUUGGACAUGUAAUAGGAAAGUACGUUUCAUGCGUAAGUAAUUGGACAGUCAGGGUUUUUGUUAAGAUUUGAAGUAGGAGGGACAAAUAUGGCAAUAGCAGGGACCAAAGAUGGUGGCAGAGCUGCCAUCUUGGCAUGCAGUGCCCAGUGGGGGUAGGUGUGGGAGGGAGGAUGCCCCCCUGCCACUGGGGGGGUCUGGGGCCUUCCCCAGAAAAUUUUAGAAUUUUUAAGGCCCCAGGGUGCAUUUUGGGCCAUUUCUGACCAAUUUGGCUUUCUGUUUUAGCUCGUUUAAAGAAGGCAUUUGCCGCUUAAAAACAUAAAUAUAGGCUUUUAAUUAUUGCAAUGGUGCAAAACAACGUGUAUAAACUGUAACGUGGAAAAUAAUUCUUGUUGUUCCAGUUUAGUUUUAACAACAAGGAAGAGAAUUAUAAAUAUCUAUAAGUACAGCCCGAUAAAAUAGCCGGGAUGAAAAUUUAAAUAGCCGAGUAAAGGUCCUGGCGUCCCGGGUCUAUCAAAAACCCUGACAGUACGUGCCAUCGCACGCGCUGUAUUGAAUGAGCUCAAGGUAAGGCAAGGGAACUAAAAAUUGGCAAUAAAACUUCCUGCCCAAUUGACAAUUAUCUGUAAUUAUACUUGUCAGGGGAUUAUAAAACAAACUGGACUCCUGACUCCCGCUAUGCAGUCGUCUGAUCUUUCAUAAGAUUAGAUAGAGAGUUAGACUACGUUGACCCCUAUUAUGCUGGAUUAUAGACAGUCACACCACAUUUGAAAGAUCAUGCAAGUAGAGAAUGAGGACACUGGGACUAUCAACCAUUUUACAGUUGUGGGCUUUAUAACCUAGCCUUUGAGUGAAUGUGAGGCUGAGGUUGACCUCGUUUGGAUAUAAACCUCCUUUGUUUUCUUAUGGAAAUUGUGCUUGAAAAAUACUAGUUAAAAUAAGAACAACGUGAUUUACACCAGAAAGCAGAAAGGGUUGUAUCAAAACAAGGUCAACUUCAACUGCAUUCCCAUCUAAUUGGAAUUGAGAGACACAAGUGCAGGCAGUUCGAAUGCGGGCUCGAACACAACGUUGCAGCAAAGAGCAAGUCACAUAUACGUCAGCUAACAGAUUGAAGUGGAGUGAAUAUAGACAAAAUAGUAUGCAUUUCUAUCAUUCUAUCUCACCACAUCAUCUUUUUGCUUUAGAAAGUCUUCAUCUUUUUGUAUCAAUUUCUAACUUUUUGGGUCUACUCCACUCCGUAUACGCUUAAAAAUCACCUUUUAUAUCCUUGUCAGUAAACAUUUUGUAAUAAUUUAUUUAUAUGCUUAUGAUAGUGAAAAAAGCCCUUUAUAUGUUAAGCAGUUAACCCCAUUGGCACCCUGUUACAGUCCUUCCCAGAGCACAAAUUUGGAUCCUGGGGCAGUGAUUGUGGCAAUUUUUCUUCCUUGUCUCAACAGACUCAACAGACUUACGUGUAGCAAAAAGAGAGACUGCUGGUAGUGUAAGUGGAUAUUGUGUAAUUUGGGCAACCCAGCAGAGCAUCGGUCAACUUUAUUGGUGGAUACUUGGUCAACAUAUGGGUGGACACAUUGGCCUACACUCGACAUGUCGAGUUGUCUACAAGUUGACAUGUCAGCUGACUAUCAGUCAAAAUGUCAGUCGACAUCAGUUGGCCCAGUGUCAAUAUGUUGGCUGAUAUGUUGCCCAAUAGUUGACCGACAGUUGGCUGACAUGUCGACUGACAUAUCGGCUGAUAGUGUUGGUCGGUCUGUUUACUGAUAAUUGGCCGACAUCUCGAUCAAUAGACAACCAACAUUCGGCCCAUACUUUACUAAUACUUCAUGGAUUCUUCGUUUGCAGUCAGCUUUCUUAAGCCAAUAGUGUAGACUGAUGCUCGGCCCAGGGGUGCCCAAAUUACACAAGAUGACCCAUCUAAGUUUUACUGUAAGCAGGAUUAGCUGUAUCAGUAUGCUUACCGGUAUGUAUGACUAAAUGACCCAGAAUUCCUCUGUAAAUAUAGUAUGGGAUUGUUAUCAUUUUCAGGGAAAUGAAGUGAAUUCCAUGCAUGGGGAACAUCUUUCUAAAUUGCUUGGGACUAUUUCAGGCUGAGCCAACCAGCAAACGUAAAUAAAUGCUUGAAACUUCACAGCCAAGCUACAAUGAGGGACAAAAGUGUUGACACACUUCCGUAAAAUGGCCCCUUUUUGCAUAGUGGAUACACUUAUCCCCUUUCCCUGUCUACCCCAACCCCUUCCCCCCAAAAUCAAUGUUGAAUUUUGGACCCCCAAGUCUUUUUUUUAAUUCAGACAACAUUGAUUCAGGGGGUGAGGGGAUUUACGGUGUUUAAAACGAAUGAAAUUAUAAAUGAAUUAAAUGUUUGUUAAAAGCACCUGUUUUAAACAAGUGUGUCAACUACUUUUGUCCCUGAUUGUCUGAAAUAUGUAUCUGUGUUUUCCAGCUAGAUUUUUGACGUUGCUGAACUUUUGUGCCAUGACGUUACUCUAUGGGCCAAAUUGUUUGUUUAUAAACAACAAUUUGUAAAGUUUUGUCCUGAUUUGUAGUAUACGUAGAGUAAAAUGUACGAAGCGUAUGUCUUUACUUAAUCUUGUACUCCCGCGCUCGUUCCUGAUACCCUGUCGGGUCGAGAGGAAAUCAUUUGUGUUGUGAUCAAUGCCGUUGCUGCAGAUGUAAUGUUUUCACAAGUAUUAUCAGUAGUGGAAAAAGGAUGGAAACACUAAGGUACAAUGAAAAUUGUUCUGGUAAAUGGUUAACUUAAGCGAAUGAAGUACUGCAGAAUAAUGGAGGGGACAUGCAUUAUUUUUGACAUUGACUUGUGCCAUUAGUGAAAGGACGUGAACAAUAUACAGGUCAUGAACCUCAUAAAUGAUGGGCCAGCCGUUUGUGCUAUGCCCUAUAUAUAGAUGUGUUUUUUUUUUUGGAGACCUAUUUCAAACCUAACUGAUCCAAACCUUUAGCGUAGGAAGGCGUCGAACAGGUUAGACCAGGUUAGGAAUGUACUUUUGUAAUGAUUUUAGAUGACCGCCUGCUAUUUAUUCAGUGGCAUGAUUUUUUAUUGAUGUUGGAUGGACAACUAUAUCAUUUCCCGGCUCGUAAAUCACAGAAUGCCAAAGAAAUUGUUUUCAACACACCGGUUUGCAUCAUCGCCAAAACAGCAAUUACUUUGGCCCAGAAGUUCACUUGAUGACAAGGAAAGCGGAAUUUAACACGUGAUCGAUGAUGGCCGUGCGCUGGAAAAUUUUCCUUUUUUAUGCACUAAUUCCUCACAAAAGGGAAAAGAAGAUUCUGUUAUGUAGAAAGUGCUUCGCAAUACGUAUUCUUGGCGAGAAAAAUUGCAGCGAUGUUGUGCAAAUAAGGAGUUUCAACGGUUAACCAUGAGAAUACAUAUCGACAUUAAGAGGUCAUAACAGACUAAUGUUACUUUCCGUUUGCCGAAACGUAGUUAACCGUUGUAACAUGAAGGAAGCAGUGUUUUCCUCAGUUUGAACUGUCGUUUUCUUUGAGAGUCAAAUACCAGUUCACGUUUCAAAGCUCUCUUUUCAUUUUCUCUGCCGAAGAUAGACAAAAACACAGGGUGUUGCUUGAGAAAUGCAGUCCAAAUACACAGACAUAUGCGCUCAUGUCACGCUAUUUGCGUUGCGUUAUCAUGUCACAAAGGGUGUCAUGAGGUGGGAUUGAAAGUAAUUGUUUUCGUGUACACUUGCAAUGUUUGCUACACUGUCCUUAGUUUUUUAUUGAAUUGGCCAUGAAUUUACCUUCACUUUUCCGUAGUUUUGAUAUUGAACGCCGUGAUGGUUGCUCCUUACUAACGCUCCAUAUUUCUGUGGCAGACAGUGACUAUCCCCACUACGUGUCAAUCCUUACCCUACCCGUGAUUGUUUGCGCCUUAACAACCGGAUAAAGUGAAGAACAAGAAAUAUUCACUUUAUUAAAAAUAUUUUCAGUACACAUACCCUUGAAAUUCAUCAAAAGUUGUACAUGUGCGCGAGUUUCAGCAUCAGUUUUUAGCUUGUAAACCAUAUCGACGUUAAUUCUGGAUAUCGCAGCCCUUUUAUUACGUCAUCACGUAAUUCAAAUUGGCCCUAUAAUUCGGUCAUCAAUAAGUCAAUGUCACCCCCACCACCAAUAACAUAAUUAUGCCAUUGAUUCCUUUAAUUCCAGUUAAAAUCAGUGUCCCGCACGGCUCAACUUGUGCGCAGUAGCACAAUUUUGCAUUCAGACAAUGAGGGACAAAAGUGUUGACUCACUUCCGUAAAAUGGCCCCUUUUUGCAUAGUGGAUAUACUUAUCCCCUUUCCCUGUCUACCCCAACCCCUUCCCCCCAAAAUCAAUGUUGAAUUUUGGACCCUCAAGUCUUUUUUUUAAUUCAGACAACAUUGAUUCGGGGGGUGAGGGGAUUUACGGUGUUCAAAAAGAAUGAAAUAAUAAAUGAAUUAAAUGUUUGUUAAAAGCACCCGUUUUAAACAAGUGUGUCAACUACUUUUGUCCCUGAUUGUAGCUAGGUUGUAAAGGUGUACCCAAGGUAUACUGAGGUGGAACAAGAGGUCACAUAUAUCAACAUAAUUACCCAAUUUAUAUGACAAUUCCAGUGUUACUGGAGUCAACAAGAUUAAUAUAGUACUUGCAGAAAGUCUCACUAAAAAUACUUUUCUUUAAUGACAUGGGGGAUUCUUGCUUCCUGUGUGGUUAUUUUCUCAAUCUGAUGCAAGUUUUAGAACUGGACACUUGAGAGUGAAAGAAAUUGCUAAAACCGCAUGAGAUCCAGGAAAUAACCUCACAUGAAGGAAAUAACUUGUAAAUAAAGUAAGGCAUUUUUGUUGAGAGUUUCUUCUAGUAUUUAUGGCAUCUGCUUGAAUUCAUUACUGAAAUUUCAGUACAAAUGACUUUCCCCGUUUUGAGAUUUUUUAAUAUUGCAUCACACAUGUAAGACUUGCUGUGUAUGAAAAAUGUCUUCACAAGUCAAAAAAAUUAUAGCAGACAUCUUGGUGAUGUUAUUCUAAAGUAAUUUCCUAUGUGCACCAUUACUUACUCCUUGAAAUGUCUGAGUCCAGUUAUUGUCAUAUUAUUAUUAUUAUUCUUUUUAACUUGUUUUUUGAUAUCAGAAGUGAAUAAUGUUUUUGUCAUGAUUUGAUUGAAAACACUGAACUGUGUGCAAGUCAGAUAUUUUGCUACCAAUUGUAUCUAAGCCACAAGGAGUGUAUAAUGUGGGAAAAUGUGAUUGCCACUGAAUUUUUAUGAUUUAUGCUAUAGUUGUUAAUUUUCUAUAUAAUUUGCUUCAUUCUAAUUUAAAAAAAUUCUGUAAAUUAAGCACUUAUUUUUAAAAGUAAAAAAAUCACGUUAAUGAUUAUUAUUAUAAAAAAUUAUUAGUACUGGUAUUUAGUGUGCAAAGAAAGUAUUGUCCGAUAGCCCGGGGCUAGUCGACUCUGCUAUCGGGCUGGUGAAUUCUGUUUUUAACUUGCCCGACGGGCAAGUGAAGUAUUUUGAGGAAUUUGAAUAACAGAAUGAAAUCAAUUGUGCUCGUCAAAAAGUUUUUGGGGCUAGUUGAAAUGACGACUGGGCUAGUAAAUGCUAGCUUCAGCUUGCCCGAAUGGCAAGCUUCAAAAAUGAUUUUCUUUGCACCCUGGGUAUGACUAUUAUUUGUAUUUGUCAUUAUUCAUGCAAAGGGUGCAGUGUGCGUGGCCCAGGAUCCAUUUCUAAAAUCUGGAGUAAUCUUCAGAUAACUAGAUAUGUAGAAUCAACUCACUUAUUUGUGGCCCUUUUUCAGCAGCUCUUUCAAGAGUGUCUUCCUCACUUUUGAGUUUAUCACACAUAUUCUUCUUUUCUUUUUACUUAUUACGUGUAAUAUCUGAUUUGUACUAGAAUUAAUUUGGCACACCAUGACUAGCGUUUUUGGCUAACUGCGUGCCAAGAAAUUGUACAAGCAAUAUUAUAAUAAUAAAUGUCUUGUCUUGAUAUAAAUUCCCUGCAUUACAUACUUUGCAGGUUGUGAAGAACAAAAGGAAACUGGUUCAGGUAUAGGAGUGGUAUAAAAAGUGAAAAUCAAUGUGGUAAGUUGUAUCUGUAAGUAACGUACUUAUUACUCUGCAAGUAACAGUCAAGGUCAUUUCAAAUGAAGAAGUGAAAAGGCUUAAUCGUGGUUUGCAAGGACCGUACAUGCAGAAAAUAGAGGCAGGGCCCUUAUUUAAAUUGUCCCAGACAAAUAGUUUUAUAUUUCAGAAAUAUUCUUUAAACUGAUCGGUGCAAUAAAAAGGUCUAAGAAUGAUUAAAGCCUGAAGAAAUUCUUAGAAGUAACACAUUUUACAAACUCAUUUAGUUAAAACUUUAUAGUUAUUUAUACAACUCUUGAAAAACGUGUCACAGAACUGACAGAAGUAGGUAUGUCAUAGGUGACGAAAUCAAUAUGAUCUUUUUUUAGCAAACUAUCAUCUUGAGUGCUUUAAAGGUAUCAUUUUAUUUGUGUAAAUAAAAAUAAAAUCAUGUUUCAAACAACCAACCAAUCAGUUAAGCAUUCAAUCAAUUAGGAAAUAAAUUAUGUAUUUUUCUUUUCCUUUAAUUAAAAAGAUGGAUUAGAAUGGCAGCUGCAGGACCAUCACCCCUGGCCAGCUCUGAAGAGAAGACAAAUGGAUCCAAGCUGAGCAGGCUUCUUAUCGAUGGUGGAACAACAGUUCUAAGAAAUGUUUUCAAUCAUCAUCACCCUCCAGCUAAUUUAGCUGCUGAUCUCAAUGCCAAUUAUUCCACUCUCAACAACCUCUUGCGGCGAAGAGUUCUAAAUGGUCAUCAGUGGAAUAAACUGUUCCCGCCUGGGGGAACCAUGCCAGACUCCAAUAAGUUUGACAUCACUCUUUUAUUUCUUCUUCUGACCAACAUUUGUGGAUUGUCCCCUCCCCACAAAGGAUGGCACACUAAACCACCCGCUAGUGACAACUCUGACGAGGCGAAUCUUGCUCGUGUCAAGCAUUUCCGUAACGUGUUGUAUGGUCAUGUGACCAGUACUGGUGUUGAUACUCAUUCCUUUUCUGUUCUGUGGCAGGAAAUCAGCCCUGUUCUUGUGGCUCUUGGGUUACAGCAAUCAGAAAUUGACAGACUCAAAGCAGAGCGAGGUGGAGAGGAAGAUUAUCUUAAAGCGUUACGUGAUUGGGCUGACAGUGAAGAGGACAUCAAAACACAGUUAAAGGACGUGUGUCAAGCUCAGAAAGAAAUAAAACAGACUCUUCUGGAGACCCAUGAAACUUGCCAGGAAAGCAAGACCAAGCUGGAUGGUGUACAUCAAGUUGUUACAGAAAUUCGUCAGUCCCAACUCAACUCAAACCGCUCGGUCGAAAUCUUGAAGAAGCUUGCCAAAGUAGACACGCAAAGUAGCAUAGAGUAUUACUCAGAAAGAUAUUUAGAGGGAACCCGUGCGUCGGUUUUUGCCAGAGUAACUAAUUGGCUGGAUGACAGAAGCUCACGCAACCGUGUGCUAGUAAUCAGUGGAAAUGCAGGAAUGGGAAAAUCAGUGAUUGCUGGAGAGAUGUGCAAAAGAAUACAGGAAAGUAAAAGGUUGUCAGGAAGCCAUUUUUGUCAACAUGACAAGGCACGCCACAGAAAUCCCAAGGUGAUACUGCAGUCAUUGGCUUCCCACAUGUCAUGUUAUCUGCCAGAAUACAGGAAAGCGCUUGUGGAACAACUUUCUAGAAAUCUCGGCUUGGAAAUGAAUGACAUGGAAGUGGGAGAUUUGUUCGAAUUGCUUUUCGAAGAACCGCUGCGCAAAGUACAUGACCCUGGUGUCACUUCUCUCAUUGUAAUCGACGCCUUAGAUGAAAGUGAAUACCAAGGGCGAAAUGAGUUACUAGAAGUGAUAAGCAACUACUUUAACAAGCUUCCACUUUGGAUCCGGUUCCUCGUAACAACGCGACCAGAAAUGAACAUUUGGGAAAGACUAAGCUGUUUAUCACCUCUUGUGCUAGAAUCCAACGACAAGGAAAACUUACUGGAUAUUCGCAUUUUGAUGGAGCACCAGCUAAGGCAUCUGUUGCCACCCAGAAAUCUGAAAGUGAUCUUGGAAAAACUAGUUGGAAUGUCAGAAGGUGUCAUACUAUGCGCUCGCUUUUUGAUAGAUUUCGUGAAGGAGAGCGGGCAAACUCUCACAUUGGAAUACCUCGAGAGCGCUAUACCGUCAGGUAUUUCAUCUGUUUAUCAGUCCUAUUUCAAGCGUCUCGAGACUGUUCUAAGUAAAGAAUUGAAGAUAACCGAAGAUCAGUUUUUUAGUUUCCUAAGUGCCAUAGCAGCCGCAAAAGAACCACUGCCUAUCGAAUUUGUCUCCAAACUUUUAUUCCCUGGCAUAUUACUCUCGUCUGCUCAGCGAAAGACGAACAAGGCAGUUUCUUGUAUAUCGUCACUUUUACCUGUUCAAGAUGGCUGCGUGCAGUUUUUUCACAAGUCGGUGAAGGACUGGCUCGUUGACAAGUCAUCCUACGGAAAUCACAGUUUCAGUGUGAACAAGGACGAAGGCUAUCGCAUCCUUGCUGAACUUUGCAUGGGAGAGUUCGAUGAAGUGAAAAGAAAAGGUGUUAAUGACUCAGAGCCCUUCAGUGACACAGCUAGGUACGCGCUUCAGCAUGGUGUUAAACAUAUGUUAGAAAUGGCCGAUGAUGAGAGGACAAAAUCAUGCAGUCUUGAGAAUCUGGUGAAUAUGUAUGUCCUGGACGUUGAGCUUGUGUAUGCAAAGCUGCGCGUAAACAGUGCAAUACCCUCUGAAGAUAUCGUUUGUGUCAUGGAGCAAAAUGAAUUGAAGAAAUUGAAAUCCCUCGAGACGUUAUUAUCUCUGUUAAGAAAGCAUAGCAGAUCACUUAAAAACCUUCCAAAGUGCAUUUUUCAAACACUAUUAAAUGAAGGCGGACCAGAGCUCUCUUUUGAGGCUUCGAAACUUUUGGUGACUAAGUAUUCUGACAUAUCAUACAUGGAAUACUUAAACAAGAACGAUCUCCACGGAGCUUGUUUAUCCACAUUUUCUUGUUCAUCUCAAGUGGCUUGUUUUGAUGUUUCACAUCGCUUAGGACUCAUGGUUUGUGAAUGUCUGGACGGCAUGAUUCAUCUCUGGUCACUCCAUACUGGCAACUUAAUAUGGAAGUGUCCUGUAGUAUUUGUGAAAAAUUACGGCUACUCUUCCGAGGCUUUAAGAUGGUGGCCAUCUUUGCAGUCACCAUAUUUUUCUUGCUCAAAUUUGUCUGACUACAGUGCAGUAUCCUUAUCUUGUUUUCGUUCUGUUGUUUUUCAUCCUUCUAAGGAUGUCAUCUUACCAGGAGUACUUUGCUAUGCAUACAAUUUUGAAGGUGACCUGAAUCCUCUUUUUCCUGAAAGCAAGUGUAUUUUCACUGCUUGUUCUAUUUCUGGCAAUACAAUUAUCACUGACUGUCCUCCAGAUGCGAAAUGCCUCACCUUAUGGAGUUUGGAGAAUGGAUCGGAGAUGGGUCGUGUCGUCAGAAACGAAGAUAUUUUGUCUUUUGCGAGGUCUCAAGAUGGAAAGCUGCUUGCAAUUUCCCAUUCAACGGGCUUAGUUUGUUUGCUAGAUGUAAUGAAUGGUUUUCAAAUGCUAGCCGAAACGUUCACCUCGUACGUUUGUGGUAUCAUGAAGUUUGCACCCGACUGUCGAUCACUUUUCUGUUGGCAUUUUCCACCAAGUACCGUUUUACAUCACCUUUUCUGUGUAAAAGUCAAUGUAGGAAACGAUGGCAACUUUUCCCUUGAUGUUUCUCGUGACACUGUUUCUUAUAGGCCUUGGGAACAUGAGUCUUGUAGCGAAAGUGGUUUUACAUUGGGAGACUCUCUAGAUUGUGUGGUUGGAAGUGCGUCUGAUGGCAUACGCGUCAUUAACUAUUCAUUUGUGUUUAUGCUGAAUAAAGAUUUCGUUUUAAGAAGUAAUCCUCGAAGCCAUUUUGUUAACAUGUUGUCCGUAGAUGAGCUCUCUAGAGGCGGUGAUGCUGGUAAAAUUGUUGAGAACCUGGUAUUUUCUCCUGAUGGCGAGACCCUUUAUAUUAUGGACAGCGAAAGUGAUGGCACGCGGAUUUCAGCUUGGGACGUUUCAAGUGGGGUAUUCAAAGCAGAUACAAAGAUUCUUAGUAACAUUUCAAGAGGAUGUUGUGUCGUACCUGUUGACGUUGGUAUCCUGUUAACAACAAGAAAUGGUAGUGUGGAGUUGUGGAAUUGUUAUUUUUCGGAGUGCUUAAGACGCUGGGAUGACGUAAAGGGAAUGCACGUGACAAAACUGAUUCCAGUUUCAGAUAAGCACGUGGUAUGUACAGGACAUACAUGCGAUGGAGUUUGUAUUAUUCUGGAUAUCACAAAUGGAGAAAAAGAAGAAAUUAAAGCAAAAAGGAAUCGUUACGGUUUUUGGGGCUCAGUUCUUGCAUGUAGCAGCAAACGUCAGCUUAUAACCAUAGAUGGCCGUCUCUUAAGCUCAGGUUUUUCCGUCUCUUGGGAGAAAAAGUGGUCUCGCAGUAAUACUCAAGCAGAAUUCAACCUUCCAGCGCUGUUUUCUCCUUCGGAAGAGUUUCUCGUUAUUUCCGAAGAAGUUGCAGGUCAUCAGCAAGGUGUCUUCGUUCGUAGUCUUUUCGAUCAUCCACAAGGCGUCUACGUCCUUGAUGCAUCGUCAGGAAACACGCUUCGAGAACUAUGUGUAGUAGAACGAGUCUAUGAUUGCAAAUUUUUAAGCGACGAGGAAUGUGUUUUGCAUACUUACGACCGGUUAAAUGGUUUCGGUCUUCUACUGUACAACAUCAGGUCAGGAAAUCUGUUAAGUGUAAUUGACAUUGACCUGUAUAAUCAAGUGUAUUGUUUGGCAAGUCACCCUUGGAAAUGUCUCAUCGCUAUUGGCCUCAAGCAUUCCAGACAUAAGUUCAAAGUUAUCCAGGUGAAGCUGCGAAGCCAAAAUAAGGACGAAAGGAAGAGCAACAGGUCAGUCCUAAACUAAUGAUAGUGGUAUUCGUAAAAACAACUGAUUUUUUGUGCCAUGUAAAGGACUGCUAGCAAGGACGUAGGUGGAGAAUUUUGAAAAGCAGUGUUGCAAACGCACACGGCCUUUUCCGUUUUAUGACGGCCUUUUCCGUUUUCAAUGUAAGAAACCGUGACAUUCACCGCCACAAAACUAGAAAUAAUAAUGACCUUAUUUUGGAAAAAAUUAAUUUAGAAUGCACCAAGCGCGCUUUUUUCUACAAAGGUGCGAAAAUUUUUAAUAAUUUUUAAUAAUUCUAAGAAUUUAUAACUGUUCGAUCUUUCGUUUGGUGUGACUAUUUUGUAAUAUUGUGAUUUGAUUUUUAUCUAUAUUUUAAAUCUUUUUUAUUUUUAUUUUUUCAUUUUUAAUUUUUUACAGGACCUGCAUUGAUAGCAGUUUUUUUCUUAAAACUGAAGCAGCAAUCCUGCAUAAAUAUGUUUAAAUUAUUAUUAUUAUUAUAAAAUCUCGGACCCCCCGGGGUAUUACCUAGUAAUUAACAAUUAUUCCUCGAGCCCGAAUGGGCUCUGAGUCAAGGCCUCAUGGGCUAUUGAAUCAGAACCCGCUAUUCGGACGAGAGGACUGAAUAAUUGUUUUAGUAAAAUCCAACAAGUUGGUCUAAAAUAUCGAGACGAAACAACUUUAGCUAGUUAAAGCUAGACUGUAAUCUUUUUUGCCGCCAAAAAGCCGGGGUUUUCGCUACUAGUGGGCUAUAACAUAGCCUAGUAGUAGCUCAACCAAUGAGAACGCAGCAUUGAUAAUAGACCACUAGUUGGAUUUUACUAAAUAGAAACUAACCCUGUUCCUUAGGCUAUGUUAACACUACACCGGAUAGCUAUUUGUCACGAUACGAGAAAGAAAAAGCUAUCUGGUAUUGUAUGAACACCUAUGCGAUCGAUAUGUGCCCCUUUACUUUAGAGAUCGGCGCCGCGCAGCUUCGCUCCGUUACAGAAAUCGCGCCAAAAUCACUGUUGUUAUGUGUGAACAGAAGCCCUAUCCGAUAUGGUUAUCCGUGUAGGUGCAAGAGGUAUCCGGUAUGGUGUGAAUACCAUGAUAGUCUUUAGUCACAGAAGAAUGUCUGUCAGUUAACAAAAUCUGUCUGGUGCAUUUUUAUUCUUAAAUGUACAAUGAUGUCUAUAAACGGAUUACCAUUUUGUACACAUUAUGCUGGUCAGCACACACCUAAUUCAUCAAAACUGGAAUCGAAGAACCGUAAGAUCUAAUCGUUAAUCUUAUUGUCCUCGGUUUCCUUUAACACCAUGUCUUGUUCUUCAGGCUGUCAUUUCUACGAUCACAUAAAAUAAACAUGUUAUUGCCGAUGUUCCGGAGAUUUCUUGAAACCAAUUUCAAUAUUAUGACCAGGGGCUCACCCCCUGAAAGUAUAACCGACUCCUUUGGGCGAAAUCUUAGUCAACCACUCCCACUCUACUCAAUGACUAUUCUUUAAAUUAAUCCAUCUAAUCUGUAGGUUCCCUUUCACUCCCAUGUGAGCUCCAGAUGAUAAUUUUAGUAGCAAAGAAACGCUACCCUUUCCACCCGCAUCACAUCCCUCUUUCUUCUUUGCCAUUUUUACGACGUAUCGCCACCUUUUUGUUUUUCAACAUACAGUCGAACCUCUCUACAACGGCCACCUUGGGAACAGAGGAGAUAGCCGUUGUAGAGACGUGUUCACAAGAAUCAAUGUUUGGAUUUUUUGUCCGCCGGGACGAAAAAAAGUGGCUGGCCGUUGUAGAGAGGUGGCCGUUAGCGGAGGUUGGACUGUAUUAGUAACUGGGUUUCCCGGUGUUGUUAUCUUAUCAUUUAACCGAAUCGUUGGUGGCAAAGCGUUCAUCAAGAAAGUCAGUUUUAUAGGCAAGCUGUAGCUUACAUGUACUAGCCCAAGGGUUUGUUGCUUGUGAUCCUAAUUAUGAUUGACGGCAGCGAAAAAUGCAAUUGUGAAGGCGGCUUCUAAACUUCAGAGUUCGAAGCCAAGUGUUUUUGAAAAGCGCACUAAGAACAGAAUUCAAUACUAGCGCGAUAGCAAAAUUCACCAGCCGCUGGCCAUCGGACACUAGUUUCUUGCACGCUUGGUAAUGGUAUCCGUUCUCUCUUUUGCUUACUUUUUAGGAGCAAGAUCAGCUUCAGAAAUGAAAAGUAGACUCCAGUUGUUCCUACGGAUCCCCUGGAUCAAUCGAUUACCUUGCAGCACAAUACAAUAACUAUAGUUUGUUUGAUGGUCACAUACCCUAUGUAAAUAUUUGAUAUUCAAAUAUUUUAUAACAAUUUUAGUUAGGUAUUUGCAUUUAAACGGAUUAGAAGUAGAUAAAAAAUGAUCUCGGAUGAAAGGGAUUUUAUGGAAAACGUAAAACGUUUAAAUACAGUGUUCCCAAGAGUAGGGAGACGUAACCUGCAUGGAGAAGUCUCAUACUGCAUUUGCUUUGCUAUUAGAGAAAAUUAGUGUCGUACGACUGGUAGUAUGACCAGUGGUAGUAGACACAGGCAGUCUAACGGACGCAACCGUAUGGUGAGACACGCGCGACGAGUGGCUAUAAUAAUCGAAUUUGCAAAUUAUUACAGUCAAGUCAAGUCAAGUCAUAGGCAGGGUAGCCCUAUCAGCCACUACCUGUUAUCAAAAGGGGCCCUGCGUAAAUUAUGCCUACAUGAUAAAAAUUUAAAUAUUAUAAAUUACUUAAAAAUUACGUACAAGGACUUUAAAAAGUGAGCAAAAAGGAAAUUACACAUCUUCAUAGCAAUCACAAUUUGUUGAAGAUAAACACGAAUAAGUGAGCUACCGUAAGUUACCUUGGGAUAUUAAUAAGAAAAACUAAAGACUAAAAUGAAGUCUAAGAAUAUUCUUAAAAAUAGAAAGCGAUGUAGUUUCGUUUAUUGAUGUGGCACCUGAAAAUCUUAAUGUUUUUCUUAGAGUUCGGUAGAUUAAUGUCGAAUUUCUAGUUAAUUAUAGUGCCACCUAUUAUUUUUCAAGCGAUCAACAGUUUACCGUUUCGAAGUUGAAUCGACGUUUCUUGACCAGAGGAAACAUUCUUUGACAGACUGUUAUUUUCUUGAUCUUAAGAUGAUCGUUCUCCCAACCCCCUGCUUGUUAAAUCAAUAAUGUACCUUUCACUUCCUUCAAAGAGAAACAAAAUUUUAGUUUUAAAGCCUUAGUGAAAAAACAGCCCCAGAUGUGAAAUUGCGUCAAUUAUUGCGUAAUCAAAGCUCGUUUACGCCAAUGGGUUACCUGCGCUGUACUCUGGUUCACAGUGUACAUUCAAGGAGUUCACAUGGCACAAAAUUGUUAGUUUUCUUUGUUUUUAAAGUUGACUAUGUGUAGAGGACAUUUUUAUUUGCUAAUUAGUUACUUCAUGGCCUUCUGAGAAGGCAGUUUUAUCAAAAACGUCACUAGGGAAACUAGUAAAGAACUAGUUAA